AUGAAUUCCAGACAGCAGUUGGUCAGACUAAACGAUGGUCAAUUCAUUCCGGCUCUGGGUUUUGGCACCUAUAAACCCAUUGAGGUUCCCAAGAGUAAGUCAGUGGAGGCUGCAAAUCUCGCUAUAGGUAUUGGGUACCGCCAUAUUGAUACUGCUUAUGCAUAUCAAAUAGAAGAGGAGAUAGGACAAGCCAUUCAAAGCAAGAUUAAUGCUGGUGUUAUAAAGAGAGAAGACAUGUUCAUCACUACAAAGCUUUGGUGUACUUGCUUUCGGCCAGAGCUUGUCCGGCCUGGUUUGGAAAAGUCACUGAAAAAGCUUCAACUGGAAUAUGUUGAUCUUUACCUUAUGCAUUACCCAGUGCCAAUGAAGUCAGGAGAUAAUGAUUUUCCAGAGGAUGAACAAGGGAAAUUGCUGUUGGACACAGUGGAUUUCUGUGCCACGUGGGAGGCAUUGGAGAAGUGUAAGGAUGCAGGAUUGGUCAAGUCUAUUGGGGUGUCCAACUUUAACCACAGGCAGUUAGAGAGAAUUCUGAACAAACCAGGACUUAAGUACAAACCUGUCUGCAAUCAGGUUGAAUGCCAUCUUUAUUUAAACCAGAGUAAGCUGCUGGAGUACUGCAAAUCAAAAGACAUUGUUCUGGUUGCUUAUGGUGCUCUGGGAACCCAAAGAUAUAAAGAAUGGGUGGACCAGAACUCUCCAGUUCUCUUGAAUGACCCAGUUCUUUGUGAUGUGGCCAAAAAGAAUAAGCGAAGCCCCGCCCUGAUUGCACUUCGAUACCUGGUUCAGCGUGGGGUCAUUCCCCUGGCCCAGAGUUUCAAAGAAAAUGAGAUGAAAGAGAAUUUGCAGGUUUUUGAAUUCCAGUUGUCUCCCGAGGAUAUGAAAACCCUAGAUGGCAUGAAUAAAAAUUUCCGAUAUCUUCCAGCUAAUUUUUUGGCUGACCACCCUGAAUAUCCAUUUUCUGAGGAAUAUUAACAUGAGGACUUAGUCAUGACUGCCUGAAGUCACUGUGUGGUGUUGGUCAUGUGACUCAGAUGCUGUUUGAUGGAUGUCCCAUUUCCAGUCAACCCAGGUUGCUUAGCAUCUCUGAUAUUCAGCUGA